AUGAAAAUUGACAUCCACAGUCAUAUUCUACCAAAAGAAUGGCCAGAUCUAAAGAAGAGAUUCGGUUACGGAGGCUGGGUGCAGCUCCACCACCACGGCAAGGGAGAAGCAAAGAUGCUGAAAGAUGGGAAGGUCUUCAGAGUGGUCCAAGAGAACUGCUGGGACCCAGAAGUUCGCCUUAGAGAAAUGGACCAAACAGGAGUGACCGUGCAAGCCCUUUCCACGGUUCCCGUCAUGUUUAGCUACUGGGCAAAACCUCAGGACACUUUAGAGCUGUGCCAGCUUCUAAACAAUGACCUAGCUGCCACCAUUGCAAGCCACCCAAGGAGGUUUGUGGGUCUGGGGACAUUGCCCAUGCAGGCCCCUGAGCUGGCGGUCAAGGAGUUGGAGCGCUGUGUGAAGGAGCUGGGCUUUCCGGGGGUUCAGAUUGGCUCCCACAUCAACAAGUGGGACCUGAACGCCCAGGAACUCUUCCCAGUGUACGCGGAGGCUGAAAAGCUGAACUGUUCCCUAUUUGUGCACCCCUGGGACAUGCAGAUGGAUGGACGGAUGGCCAAAUACUGGUUCCCUUGGCUCAUAGGAAUGCCCACAGAGACCACCACAGCCAUUUGCUCCAUGAUCAUGGGUGGAGUGUUCCAGAAGUUUCCUAGACUGAAAGUAUGUUUUGCACAUGGAGGUGGUUCCUUCCCCUUCACAGUAGGAAGAAUCUCCCAUGGAUUCAGCAUGCGUCCAGAUCUGUGUGCCCAGGACAAUCCAACCAACCCAAAGAAAUACCUUGGCUCCUUUUACACAGACUCCUUGGUUCAUGAUCCUCUGGCCCUCAAGCUAUUAACAGAUGUCAUAGGAAAGGAUAAAGUCAUUUUGGGAACCGAUUACCCCUUUCCACUAGGUGAGCUGGAACCUGGGAAACUGAUAGAAUCCAUGGAAGAAUUUGAUGCAGAAACAAAGGAUAAACUCAAAGCUGGCAAUGCUCUAAAAUUUUUGGGUCUUGAGAGAAAACAAUUUGAAUGA